GAGGGAAGAGAAAGGCCUGGCACUGUGCUUGGCUUCCCACGCCAAGCCUGGGCCAGCAGGGCCAGCCAGAAAGCAGCACGUGCCCCUGGCCCCGGGCUUAGUCCCAACAGCUUCAUGGUGUCCUCGUCUUUAGGGACCACAGUGGCCCCUGCUCAGGCUGAGAAAUCCUUCAAUAGACCUUCACAACCUCCCAGGCCCUUCUCUUUCUGAGGCUCAGAGAGGCUGGGUCACUUGCCCAGAAAAGCCCUUCCCCAGGGGGGACCCAGGAAUUAUGGCGAGGCUCCUGGGGUGUGCCGUGGCCGUGGCCCUCAUCCUCAGUGUGGCUUCCACUGUCUUCUUUCUGUAUCACUGGCAGCAGAAGAACCGGCUGGAGAUGGAUGGGGCCGGGACUGCCCUGCCUCUCUCCCAGGAGCCAGAACCUUCUCCCAGCAGGCAGAGCCACCUUGCACUUGAGAACAUCCAGAUUCUUGGCCCAGAGCUGGAGAAGCAGCAGCUACAGCAGGAAGAGGAUGAACCGCAGAAGCUGCCCCCACAGCCCCCCUACUACGAUCUGGGGGCCUCCCCCUCCUACCACCCCUUGGCACUCAGGGCAAAGCGGGUGCUGGAGACUGCGGACCAGUGCAAGAGGGUGGCGCUUCCAGUGAGGACAGAGCCCCAGCCUGGUGCCCAGCUCUCCCUCCUGCAACCCUGCCCACCCCCCAGCUCUGUACCCUGCACCCCAGUCCCUGGACCUGCCAGUGACCACCAGAAAGCCAGCCACAGCCCCUCCUCCUGGCCCUGCUCCCAGCCGUUCCGAGGGCCAGCGUCCACUUGAAUGCCUGCCACCUCUGCCCAGAGCCCACUCCUUUCAGGAGACUUGGGGGCCGGGGUGGUACCCAUUACAGUGCCGGCCCACAGACCCGGGCCAGACUGCCUGGGCCCAAAGAUAACACACCCUCGCCUGGCAC